AUGUGUCUUCGUCUAGAAUUUUUGAGAGCCAUCACAUGUGAUUUUUCGACUGAAUCGGAACUUGGUAGAGGUGGGUAUGGAGUUGUUUACAAGGGAGUUCUUCGGAGUGGUAAAAUUAUUGCGGUGAAGAAGCUUUUUGAAUUACAUCUAAAAGAGGAGAAUUUCCAGAAUGAGGUCAGUUAUCUUAUGGGUAUCAAGCACCGAAACAUAGUACAAUUUGUAGGUUACUGUGCAGAAUCGCAUUGGGAAGCGAUAGAGAAACCAAGUGGGAGUAAGAAGCAUAUCUUUGCUGAAGUUCCAAAAAGGUUACUCUGCUUCGAGUAUGUAUCCAACAAAGGCCUAUCUUUGGACCUCAAGUGGAAUAUGAGAUAUGAGAUAAUCAAGGGGAUUUGCAAUGGCUUGCGUUUCCUUCAUGACGAAUGCCGUAUCAUCCAUCUGGACCUUAAGCCUGAAAAUAUAUUGAUGGACUCUAAUAUGACACCAAAAAUUGCGGACUUUGGUCUGUCCAGGAUCUUUGGCGAACAGCAGUCACACAUUGUCACUGAUAAUCAUGCAGGAACGCGUGGAUAUAUGGCACCAGAAUACUUAAUUCAUGGCGUAAUCACUAAGAAGGCAGAUAUUUUCAGCUUGGGUAUUAUCAUCAUAGAGAUAAUUACAGGUCAAAGGGAGUAUCCUUAUUUUGACCUCGAUAGUUCCAAAAAUGCUGCUACAUCUUGUCAGCAUUUCAAAGAGAAAGUACUUAGAAGUUGGAGGAGCAAAUUUGUAUCCACAUCGAAGUAUAUAUCAAUGAAAAAAUAUAGCCAACAAGUAGAACUAUGCAUCGCCAUAGCCCUAACAUGUGUGGACCCUGCUAUGGAGAAAAGACCUACAGCAAAGGAUAUAGUCCAAGUGCUUAAUGCAGCAGACCAGACAAGUUGA